AUGGGGGACUACACUUCCGAAUCGUUCAAACCGCUCCUUAAAAGACUAGUGGAAACACCGGAAUACUUCACCUCUGAUGAUCUCAGAGUUGCUCUAAACCAUCUUUUCACGCCUAACACUCUUUUGGCAGAACAAAUCGGAGCGUUUCUGACUGCUCUACAUCUCCACCGAGUCGAACGACGUCCAGAAUCAUUGGCGGCCGCGGCCGCGAUCCUCAGAGAACGAUCUCUGAAAGCCGUUGUACAGGACGCGGAGAAUGAUUUUGUAGUUGAUAUCGUUGGAACUGGAGGCGAUGGGCACAAUCUAUUCAAUGUCAGUACUGCUGCUGCUGUUGUAGCUGCUGGUGCAGGUGCUAGGGUGAUCAAACAUGGAAGUCGAGCGUCGACGUCCUCAUCAGGCUCAGCUGACCUUCUACAAGCACUGGAUUGUCUUUUCGUUGCACCAUCGCCGGGGAUUCCCAUGCCGAUUCCCCGAGUUCCAUUCACAUUCAUCCUUGCUCCUCACUAUCACCCAGCAUUGGCGUUCCUCGCCCCUUACCGGAAAGCCCUUCCCUUCCGAACUAUGUUCAACAUCCUUGGUCCCCUGAUCAAUCCUGCCGGCCCAAAGGGCAUGGUGUUAGGCAUCGCUGAGCCAGAGCUUGGUGCACCCUUUGCCCAGUCUCUCCGAGAUGGAGGCGUGGAACGAGCACUGGUUGUAUGUGGUCAGGAACGGUUAGACGAGAUCAGCUGUGCGGGUCUAACUUGGGCCUGGGAGCUCAAAGACGGAAAAAUCUCAGAGUUGACUUUGCAACCAGCCCUCUUUGGUCUGAACUCACACCCGUUGUCAUCUGUCGCGGGUGGAAAACCAGAGGAAAAUGCGGCAACUUUCAAAACGCUACUGACUUCCGGAACAGACAUCCCUGCGAGGCUAAAGCCUGUCUUGGACUUCGUUUGCAUGAAUGCUUCUGCACUGUUGGUUGUCGCAGGCGUAGCGGCAGAUUACAAGGAAGGUACGAGGUUGGCACUGGAGAGUAUUACAAACGGCAACGCUUGGGCGGCCCUGGAGACAUUCAGAGAAUCAGGAAAGCAGGCUUCGUCACCAAAUAACUAG